UUUUUUUUUUUAUUUUUUUUUGAGGACGGUUGCAGACAUGCCCCGGUGUACAGCAGUGCUACUUUUGCUGGUGGUGGCUUUAUAUGUCCUUCAUGCAGAAGCCUACAAGUGCCGGUGCACCAGGAAAGGACCGAAGAUCCGCUACAAGGACGUGCAGAAGCUGGAGCUCAAACCCAAACACCCAUUUUGCCAGGAAAAGAUGAUAUUCGUAACCAUGGAGAACGUGGCUCGCUUCAAGGGUCAGGAGUACUGUCUGCACCCCAAACUCCAGAGCACCAAGAACCUGGUCAAGUGGUUCCACAUCUGGAAGGACAAGCACAGGGUUUACGAAGCUUAAAACCGUCACAUCUUGUCAUCACAAGAAGAAGAAAACAUAAAACAUCUAAAUAAAAGGCAACAACCACCAGGACUGUUUAUGAUGUUGCAAAUAUCUGCAGGGCAUCCGCCUCCUCUUCUGUGGAAGCCAUCAAGAGAUAAACUUAAUAAUAAUUACCUUACUUUUCUUAAUGUUUACUUGCUGUUGUUGUUGAUGACGCCACACAAAUAUACCUGCAAAUAUGUACAGCAUGCAUAGCUCCUGUUUUGUAUGCAUUCCAAUGUAAAGUGCAUUUUAUAAACAUUGUCGCCUAUUAGCAACUUUAUAGCGUCAUUGUGUGUAAAAUGGCAGCAUUGUAGUUGUUUUGAGAUGUCAUUUGAAAGUCUUUUUUUUGACCAACACACCGUUCAACAUUCCAUUGUGUGUAUACAAAAUAAUAAACAAAGCAAUAAAGUGUCCAU